CUCCCCGACACGUGUGUUGAGUGCGGGUCUGCUUGCGCUGGUCAGAUCAGGAGGUCUGUGUGGUGGAGCUGUUUAAACUCUUGUGUACUGCCUUGAGCUGUCAGCUUCAUCUCAUCCCUGCUGCGCACCUACGAGGACCAUGUCAGUCUUGAGGUUCUACAGAAGGGCAGAUGAUGACGGUGGACGGAGCCUGCGGAGGGUUAAACAGCUCUAUCAACAGGUCACCAUAACCAUCGAACUCUGCUACAAUGUGGAAGUGAAAGGUGCUGAAUGUUUGAGUCAGGGGCAGAAGGAUAUUCUGCGCUGGUUAUUUUCUCCUCCUCAGUCUUCAGGACUGUCUGAUGAACCCACUCUCAGAGCGACGAUGCCAGAAGAGAGCCUGGUGGAGAUCGGCCCCAGACUGAACUUCUCCACUGCGUGGUCCACAAAUGCAGUAUCCAUUUGCCAGAGUGCAGGCCUGAGUCAGGUGACCAGGGUGGAGCUGUCUCGCAGGCAUCUCAUUAAGGACGAGCUGCAUGGGCAGAGAAGCAGUAAAGAGAUGGAGAAGUUGAUCAGCCUCUUGUACGACACCAUGACUGAGUGUGUCUACACCAAGCCCAUCACAUCUUUCUCUGUGGACGUCCAGCCGCAGAAAGUGUUCGAAGUUGACAUUUUAGGAAAAGGCCGUGCUGCAUUGGAGAGGGCCAACGACGAGCUUGGACUAGCCUUUGACUCCUGGGACCUGGACUACUACACAGCUUUAUUCCAAAGGGUGAAGAGAAACCCAACCAGUGUUGAAUGCUUUGACCUGGCUCAGUCCAACAGUGAGCACAGUCGGCACUGGUUCUUCCGAGGCCGGAUGGUGAUUGACGGAGAAGAACAAAAGGACACUCUGUUCAGCCUGAUCAUGGGCACGCAGCAACACAGCAAUCCGAACAAUGUCAUUAAGUUCUCUGAUAACAGCAGUGGUAUUAAAGGUAUGGAGCUGGAGUGCAUGUUCCCCACUAACCCUGCACAGGCCAGCUGCUACAAGACCAGACGCACCACCAGACAUGUCAUCUUCACUGCAGAAACGCACAACUUCCCCACAGGUGUCGCUCCUUUUAGUGGUGCCACCACAGGUACCGGUGGGCGAAUCCGAGACGUACAGAGUGCCGGCCAAGGUGGGCAUGUGAUUGCAGGGACUGCUGGGUACUGCUUUGGCAACCUCCACAUCCCAGGCUUUGGCCUUCCAUGGGAGGAGGCUGGUUGGGAGUACCCUUCCAGCUUUGCCCCUCCUCUGCAGGUGGCUAUUGAAGCCAGCGAUGGAGCUUCGGACUAUGGAAACAAAUUUGGAGAGCCAGUGCUUGCAGGCUUUGCACGCUCAUUUGGAAUGCGUUUGGCCAAUGGUGAGCGUCGAGAAUGGAUGAAGCCGAUAAUGUUCAGCGGUGGACUGGGAUCUAUCGAGGAUACCCAUGUAAAGAAGGAGCAGGCAGAGCCAGGUAUGGAGGUGGUGAAAAUAGGCGGCCCUGUGUAUAGGAUUGGUGUAGGAGGAGGGGCUGCUUCCUCUGUACAGGUACAGGGAGAUAACUCCAGUGAUCGAGAUUUGGGUGCAGUCCAAAGGGGAGAUGCUGAGAUGGAGCAGAAGAUGAAUCGGGCUCUAAGGGCCUGUCUGGAGAGAGAUGCAGGGAACCCCAUCUGCAGUAUUCAUGACCAGGGUGCAGGAGGCAAUGGAAAUGUUUUGAAAGAGCUGAGUGAGCCCACUGGAGCCAUCAUCUACACAAGCAAAUUCCAAAGAGGUGAUCCCACCCUGAGUGUCCUGGAGCUGUGGGGAGCCGAGUAUCAGGAGAGUAAUGCUCUGCUGCUCCGUCCAUCCGACCGGAGUUUCCUGGAGAAGGUGUGUCAGAGGGAGAAAUGCCCAGUUGACUUUGUGGGCACCAUUACAGGUGAUGGAAAGAUUGUUCUUGUGGAUGAUUUCUCGGACCCUUGCAGCGCUGUGCCUGCCGCCCGUAACCCUGUGGAUUUAGAGCUUGAUUGGGUGUUGGGAAAGAUGCCUCAGAAGGAGUUCAGGCUGGACCGUGUACCUCUGUCUUUGCAGCCCCUCUCUCUGCCUGCAGGUCUUUCUGUUCUGUCUGCUCUCGAGAGAGUCCUUAGACUGCCCGCUGUGGCCAGCAAACGCUACCUCACCAACAAGGUGGAUCGCUCUGUGACCGGAUUGGUGGCCCAGCAGCAGUGUGUUGGACCCCUCCACACCCCCCUGGCUGACGUGGCUGUGGUGGCCCUGUCACCUUUCAGCCUCCAGGGUGCUGCUACAGCGAUUGGGGAGCAACCUAUUAAAGGCCUGGUUUCCCCAGCAGUUGGAGCUCGAAUGGCUGUUGGCGAGGCCCUUACCAAUCUGGUUUUUGCGCGUGUAACUGCUCUCAAGGAUGUGAAGUGCAGCGGGAACUGGAUGUGGGCUGCGAAGUUGCCAGGUGAAGGGGCCUGUCUGUGGGAGGCGUGUCAGGCCAUGUGCCAGGUCAUGGGUCAGUUGGGCAUCGCUGUGGAUGGCGGAAAGGACUCCCUCAGCAUGGCUGCUCGUGUCGGUGAAGAAACCGUCAAGGCACCAGGUUCUUUGGUCAUCUCCGUGUAUGCUGUGUGUCCCGAUAUUACUGCUACUGUCACCCCUGACCUGGAUGACCCAGAGGGCAAAGGUGUAUUGCUGUAUGUUCCUGUGAGUGCGGGCAAAUACAGGCUCGGGGGCUCUGCUCUCGCUCAGUGUUAUGAUCAGCUGGGAGACUGCAGUCCAGACCUGGAUAAUCCUGACCUUCUCUCAGCUUGCUUCAACACCACACAGGCACUCAUCAAAGAUGGUCUGCUGAGUGCAGGGCAUGAUGUCAGCGAUGGAGGACUCAUUUCCAGUCUGUUGGAGAUGGCCUUUGCUGGAAAUCGUGGCAUAGAAGUUGACUUGCCUUUUGAUGAAGUUGGAGUGAUGGAGGCUUUGUUCUCAGAGGAGUUGGGUCUGGUGUUGGAGGUGUGUGAGAGUAAUGUGGAAAGUGUGUGUCAGCUGUACACACACGCUGGCCUAGGCUGCUACAAGAUUGGCACCACCUGUGGUUUCGGACCUGACUCCAUGGUCAGGGUGAGCCUGCGUGGACAGGAAGUGCUGCAUGAGCGUCUACCCCUGCUCAGGCAAAUAUGGGAGAGCACAAGCUUCCAGUUGGAGAAUCUGCAGGCCAAUCCACUGUGCAUACUGCAGGAACAGCAGGGACUGUCCGUCCGCACCCAGCCCUACCUGAAACUGACAUUUGACCCUGCUAAAACACAGAUAGCAAAAGAGCUAGCUGUGGGCAAGCCUCGUGUUGCAGUCAUCCGUGAGGAAGGCAGCAACGGUGAUCGAGAGAUGUCUGUCUCUCUUUAUAUGGCCGGCUUUGAGGUAUGGGAUGUCACAAUGCAAGACCUCUGCUCGGGUUCAACGACCCUGGACCCGUUCCGAGCUGUUGUGUUUGUAGGUGGCUUCAGUUACGCUGAUGUGCUGGGAUCAGCCAAAGGCUGGGCAGCUACUGUCACUUUUAACUCCAAUGCCCGAGAGGAGUUUGAGCGUUUCCGGCAUCGUAGUGACACGCUCAGUCUAGGGGUGUGUAAUGGCUGUCAGCUCCUGGCUCUGCUGGGAUGGGUGGGUGGAGCGCAGGAUGGAGGCUCUCAGGUGGCCUUGACCCAUAAUAAGUCAGGUCGCUUUGAGUCCCGCUUUGUGAGUGUCAGCAUUCUGCCUUCACCGUCCAUUAUGCUGAAGGGCAUGGAAGGAUCUGCCCUGGGAGUGUGGGUUGCCCAUGGAGAAGGUCUAAUGCAGUUCAGCUCCCCUGAGGCACAGCAGCAGUUGGUCAGUGCAUCUCUGGCACCCCUGCGCUAUGUGGAUGACUCUGGAGUCCCCACUGAAACCUACCCCAUGAACCCAAAUGGUUCUGCCCUGGGCAUAGCGGGUAUCUGUUCAUCUGACGGGCGCCACCUGGCCAUGAUGCCACACCCGGAGCGCACAGUGCUGGACUGGCAGUGGGCCUGGGCACCUGCACCUCUCCGAGCUUCACUGCGGGCCUCGCCUUGGCUCCGCAUGUUUCACAAUGCUGCUGUGUGGUGUCAGAAUGAAGGGUUGUCAUCAUAGUGAUUAUGGAUAUGUUUACUGCACAAGUACAUCUAACUUGAAACGUUACUGUGGAAGCCAGCGAUUAUUUGUAUGAUGAAUUUAGAAGAGUUGGAUUUAGAUAGCUGUGUAAAAGGUGAUAUCUAUAUAAAAAAUAUACAAACAAAAAGUUUUGUAGUCUCUGUCGGGGAGUCCUGUAGGUACCUUAAAAAAAUGAUUCUGCAAAGCCAGUGCUGUCUGGGUAGGAGGGGUGUAAAACUCUAUGGAUGGCACUUUCUACCCAAGUGUGUUACGCGGCCCUGUGAUGCAGCAUGACCAUCUGUUGUGGUUGUUAAUUCCCAAGUGGCUCUAUGAUGGGAGGAUUUUGCUGGUGGAUGAGAAUUGACAGGUGACGAAUUAGGGAGAAAAUGGGGUGACAUCAAUGACGGGGUUAACGUGAGCUAGAAGUGAGGCCCAAAUUGUGCUAAAUGUACAUGUGAUUUUUAAUUUAAAUAGAAAUCAUUAAUUGUCAAUUAUAUUAUCAAUGUCAGUAUUGCAACCUCAUACAAUGAUUUAAAGCUUUUAUCUUCCAACAGUCUGUUGUUACGGAGCAUUGUUGUGCAUGAACUUGAGGAGAGAUGGGUGAUGGUAAUAGCAAGAACUGCAGAAUUAUCUAAAGAGUCACAAAGAGAAUCUGUUUUACAGAGAUGUGAAAGAGAAUUUAAUAACGAGUUAGAAAAAUAUUUUGUGAUUUUUCAGGAUGUGACUGUGUUUAUGUAUCUCCCAGUUUUAUACUGCAAGUUCAACACUAAUUAAAUAGAAAAGUAAUAAA